AUGGUGGUCUAUGUACCCCCCGACUACGAGUACGAUGAGGACGAGAACUUUCAGGUCAUAGGCGAAACCGACCCCACCGAACAGUCUGACUCUGGCAGUUCUGAGGGUGUACCUGUACGCAUACUAAUAGAUUUCGCCAUAUACGAGUGCGCGACACGACAGCUAGUGCCUAUUGGUGAGCUAAUUAACGUCAACCUUGCGGUGAACAACAAGAUCAUGUACCGAGCUUCGGGCUACGUGAAACCCCACACGGAUGACGAUGAAUACUAUGACGAUGACUACGAUGACGAGGAUAACGGGAAUGGUAUGUCUAACGACGAGGAUUGCCUCCAACGGAUUCGUUUGACAGAGAUCCGGAAGUUCACGAUUCACGACAUACGACAGCGCUCUAGAGAACUCGACGACAAGUUUUAUAUCCUAACGAAACAUGCUUGGUAUAUUCUCGACCUUCCUUCAAAGCAAUAUGCCCCCUUCUUUCAUGGGUUGUGGCUGAGGCAUCGAGUCACCCAUCUUCUCGUGUCUAUGGCCCUGGCUAGCCCACGGUUGACUUAUAAAGAUUUUGUUUCCGCCCUUCACGUAACUCCUGACUCGCCCGAUGGAUCUGCCGACAUUAAAUCUUAUAUUUUUGCAACACUUGACGAGCUUCGCGAUGACGGAAUCUGUGUUGCGCGCACUCCGGUAGUGAAGGACAUCGUCGGGCAAGAAAUGUCUUAUCACUUGAUGGAGGAAAUUGCUCCCGCCACUCGCUCGCGUGCACAGCGCCCGCCCCAGAGUCGUUCGCCGAGUUCCAGUAAUAUCGAGAAAGAAGUUCUCAAGCAUAGGAACAAAACCGUCACAACACCCGUCGUUGGAAGGGUCGCACAACAAUUAUUCGAAAAUAUUAAGGUUGCUGGAAAACCUAUGGACGAGGAUAUGCAUAUAUCGGACGACGCUCCACGACAUCCCUCUAUAAUACACGCCGCUAACCCAAACUCUGUGCAGUGGCUGGACCCAGUAGAUGACCAUCCUGGCUUCUAUGGUUCUGUUCUCGUGGACGAAGUAAAGUAUUCAGUCGGAGAUACUGUCAUGGUCGUACCCGGAGAAGAUGAGGAUACUGCUCGUGCAAAGUCCUACAAGUACCAGCCCUCUCAGUCGACAAACAAACUCGCAAACGAUUAUUGGUUUUGCCUGAUUCGAUAUUUCUUCGAAGAUGAGGGCGUCAAGAAGUUCCAUGCGCAGUGGUUCACACACAGCUCGAAGACUCUCCUCCAAGAAGCGGGACAUUCACAUGCGCUUUAUCUGAUGCUCUCCGAAUGCAGUGACGUUGAAAUUGACGCCAUCUCACAAAAAUGUAAUGUCCGUGAACUGCCAAUGGACAGUUUCCAGCCAGACGAGUCAACUCUAGAUGACGACAAUGAUUUUCACUCUGGACUUAUGUUCAACAGCCUCGAGUCCAGUUUUGUUCGGCUUUCAGACUUAGAAACUCAAACACUUCUCAGUUUCUGCGACGAUCAUAAGCAGUGCCUCGCUUGUGGUCACAAGGAACGCGCAUCGAAUUUCACUGAUUCACGAGCCCUUCGAGAUGGGUUCUCUCACAAUGAUGCCAACUAUCAUAAGGGUGACUUCGCGGCAGGUGCACUGAAGUCAUCACUCGACUCUUUGGGCGCUACGAUGUACAUCGUCCGGGAAGUCGGCCGUGGCAUUGAUAAACCAAAAGGCGUCACUUCUGACGACCGGCGCUUGUUCCAUUCGCAGAGCCAGGAGAAAACAAGGCCCGAUGAUAUCCGCGGACAAUGUUUCGUUAUUUAUGAAACGGACGACACCACUAUCGAUGCAUGGGUCGUUCACGACGAUCACUACUACGUGAACGAGUGCGCAGAUUCCCUCGACGUUCGUGCGCUCGACGACCUAAAUCCGUGGUCAAGAAAUGAAUUCUGGCACUGCGUUCAAUGCCACGAAGAGCACGAAGCUAAUCUAGCACGCAGGGCUCAACAGUUGCAGAGAUUCGGGCCGCUUCGAGGGCUGGAACUUUUUGCUGGUGCGGGUGGCCUCGGAACUGGAUUGGAUAUGUCUGGCUUCGUGGAAACAAGAUACGCAGUUGAAUUUUCUCCAGGAGCGGCGAAGACUUACAAGCAAAACCAUCCCAAUGUGACAGUAUACAAUCAGUGCACGAACGUAUGCCUGCAGCACGCCAUUGAUGUCGCAGAUGGGAAGAAUCCCCGCCCCCUCCAAACUCUGGGAGAUAAGAAGCGCCUACCCCCAAUGCCUAAGCCGGGUGAAGUUGAUUUUAUCUAUGGCGGUCCGCCAUGCCAAUCUUUCUCAAAGAUGAAUCACGCGAAGAGAGAUGAUGACAUACGGUCUACGCUUGUCUGCAACAUGAUUGCAUACGUAGAGUUCUAUCGGCCGAUGUACUUCCUCUUGGAGAACGUUGGCGGAAUCCUAGAGCAUGCAUUGAAGGAAAAAACUGUCGCUUCGGGCGUCGUGAAAUUCAUCCUUGCUGCCCUCCUCGCCUUAAAUUACCAGAUUGGAUAUAAUGUUCUUCACGCAGCAAACUAUGGCGCGCCUCAAGUACGCAAGCGGGUUCUGUUCGUGGCGGCCAGGCAAGGAGUUCCCCUGCCCGAUUUCCCGAUCCCGACACACGUCUUUCCGCACGCAAGAGUACAGCGCGUCAAGUUGCCUACUGGAGCAUACUUAGCACCUGUUUCGCGCUUGAAGUACGGCGACAACAAUGCUGACCUCUCCGCUCCGCUGCAUUUCGUCACGAUUCAUGAAGCUAUUAGUGAUUUGCCUCCAUUCGAUUGGGUUAACCCACACACCAUCAUCUCGAAAACUGCUGCUGACAAAAGGGUGGAACGCAAGCGCAAAGACGAACUUGGGAUCCCAUCUUUUUCAGCGCUGCGUUCUGCAAGAACUUCAACGGACCCGUACGCUGGUUACUCGAAACCAUGUCAAUAUCCUAGUGGACCACUAUCCCGCUACCAGAAGCUCAUGCGACAAGGGAGCGAAAAGCUUCAGUAUCAUUAUACCGAACGCUUCAACGAUAUCAUCAUUGAACGAACUGUAAAUGUGCCUCUAAGAGCGGGAGCUAAUCAUUUCGACCUGCCCAAGGAACUGCACACUGGACUCUCGAGGCACGAGGACGCUAGGACAAAAUACAAAGGCGAGACGCGACACCGACUGGAUGCAGACAUGUACUUUUCAACUGCACUGACCACAGUGCGGCCAAAUAAUAAGGGGGGUCAAGUACUGCAUCCUUGGCAAAAACGCAUCCUUACGGUCCGUGAAUGUGCACGUGCGCAAGGAUUCCCAGAUAACUAUGAAUUUGUCUCGGUGAACAAAGAGAAGGAGAUGGCAAAGGCUCUCCAUGAUCAACUUAGACAAAUCGGUAAUGCGGUACCUACAUCACUGGCUCAAGCUCUCGGGAAGGCUUUUGGCGGGGCGCUAACUAAAAUGUGGGAUGCAGAGCCUAGCAGGGAUGCGAGUCCGAUUCUGUGA